UACUUCCAUCAUGGCAGGCAGUAAGUUGGUGCUGGAAGGUAGAGUAAGUAUAAAAAGCUUUAUUUUAGGCCUCAGCGUUCUUGUAAUCCCCCUGAUCAGAACCUGGUUUGGACAUCUCGACUGGGUGUUUGACUAUCUGACGGAGACGCCCGGGAAAAUAGCCGUUUGCGUCCACAUUGCAGUUGUCAACGGCCUCUUGCUAAUCAUAUACAGGGGACCUCUGUACAAGGUCGCUGUGAGAGCCUGCUUUCUGGGAGUCACUUUUGGCUGUGGCUUAAUUAUAAGCUUCUCUGAAACCACUUGGACACACUUUGGGUGGUACAUGUGCUCCCUGUCGUUCUUCCAUUACUCCGAAUACCUGGUCACGGCCGUCAUCAACCCUCGCAGUCUGUCGCUGGACUCGUUCCUGCUCAACCACAGCGUGGAGUACACCCUGGCUGCCGUCUCAUCAUGGGUGGAGUUCACCAUUGAAAAGCUGACACUUCCAGAGCUAAAGCAGCUGAACUGGUUGAGCUUCUUGGGUCUCCUCAUGGUGCUGUGUGGGGAGGGCCUGCGCAAGGCGGCCAUGUUGACAGCCGGCUCCAACUUCAACCACAUCGUCCAGAAUGAGAAGGCCCAGAGCCACGUGCUGGUCACCAGUGGGGUCUACUCCUACUUCCGACACCCCUCCUAUGUGGGCUGGUUCUACUGGAGCAUAGGAACGCAGGUCAUGCUGUGCAACCCAGUGUGUAUACUGGGGUACACGAUAGCCAGUUGGCGGUUCUUCCGGGAGCGGAUAGAGGAGGAGGAGCUUUCCCUCAUCCAUUUCUUUGCUGAGGACUAUGUGGAGUACAAGAAGAAGGUUCCCACCGGGCUGCCCUUCAUCUCAGGCAUCCGUGUCAACUAGUGUCAGGGGCUGGACCUAACGGACUUAAAGCACUAUAGCAGGUCAGACCUGAUGGGUGUGUGUUGUCUGCCGUGACAGCUAGCCCCGAGAUAAAACCCUGCAGCUGGCUUACAGCCUGUAGCUCACAGAGACUGACGGCGGGGACAGUGGCAAGCAGCUGGGCUGCUGUUUUCCCAGCAGCAUCCAAAAUCCAGUUAAAAACCAGACAACCUCCAUUGUACUACAUGUAUUUCUACACUCGGUCCAUCUGUUUCCCUUGUUUCUGUCUGCGUGCUUCGGCCGUGCUAAGUGUUUUCACCGAUCACCCGUUUUACAGAAUGAUACUGCACUAGUCCUCUUGGUGUCACACUUGAGCAGAGUGCAACGACGGUUCUCUGAAGUUUUGGUGGAAAAUGUUGGGAGAUGUUUGAAUUUCACAGGAAAUCCGCCAAGGUUCAAAACAGUUAUUAGUGUUUACAUUUGCACUAGUGAUAGUUACAGUUUGCUAUCUCGAGUGUAGUUUAAAUCCACUGUAAAUCUUAAAGUGAGGGAUGGACAAUGUUGAUAUGUGAUAUCUGAUAGGCCGAUGUUUUCCGUCUUACUUUGGCCAAUGCCAAUAUAUGCACAUAUUUGUUUCUUUUAAUUGGCGAGUAUGUUCAGUCUUUCCUGUAGUCGAUUUAACAUGUUAUUCGAGGGUACUUCAAAAAGUUCUUGACCUCACCUGUAAUUCCCAUUUUGGGUCAUAACUGUAUACUGUAAAGCCUUUUGUCCUCGUCCACAACAAGUCAGAUGGUUGGAAGUAAUCAAAAAAAAAAAAAGGAGAGGAAAUCUUAGAGUCGGAGUUGCAGGACAAAGCUUCCGUCCACACAGCACCGGUGGCAGAAGCAGCCAAAUGUGACUUUGAACUGUUGCCUCAUGCACCUUACUCACCCGACUUCUAGAAGUCAGACGGCGUCACCGGUGCUGUGUGGACGGGCCAACCUCGAAGCUUCCCUCUUUUUUGCAAAGAAAACGACAAACAUUUAGAGUUUUCUGUGGACAGUGAUAUAAGGUUCACGUUUGAAUUAUCCUCUUUGUUACUCUGAUGGCAGGUUCACACAUACAAUACAAAGCUUUUCAAAUGUACACAUUUAUUGGGCAAAACAAUUUUUUUUAAAAACUGCAGCUGAAAUGUAAAAUACACCAUAUUUAUUUUUAUGUAGCAUUUUCAAGUAAACUGUCGACCCUCAGCCCGACAGGUGACAUGAGGUGAGUUGGCUCCAAGUACUUGGUACAGUUGGUUCUGGUAGCGUCCUGUUGUGUAACCCAGCUCCAAAUCUGUGUGUGUCAUCACCAUGAGGCCAGUGGAGAGUAUGAAAUGUGGCACUACAUGUGGCAUCGUCACCACCUCACAGCUCCAACACUCCACCACAAGUUGUGCAUUAGGGUUGAUUUAAACAGUUUUAAAGCAAUAGCUUGCGGUAAUGCAAAGACUUUAAGUAGUAUAAUCCUGUAGGCAAGGACACUGGACGACCCAGUAAAGCAAGAGAAAAGAGAACAAUUGGGGACAUUUCUUAGUUGGGAAUUUACCCUCAAAAAUCCUUAUAACAGAUUUUUUUUUUUGU